AUGUCAAUAUUCAAUUUAUAUGAAGAAGAUACAAUAAAUAUGGAUAAUACUAAUAAUAAUAACAUUAAUAAUCAACAGCCGAAUAAUCAAUUAAUUACAACAAUGACAUUACAACAACAACAAAAUCUAAUAUCACAAAAUUCAUCAUCAUCAAUAAAUUCAAUAUUUGAUGAUAAUUCAAAUAAUAAUAAUAAUAAUAACCUUUUAAAAACUCAAUCAAGUACAUCAACAAUAACUCCAAUUUUAUCAAGAAAUGGAUCAAUAAGGUAUAAUCACAAACUUUCAUCAAAUAAUUUAAAAUUAACUAAAAUAUCGACAAAAGAUGAAGAAUUUUUAUCUAACUUAAAUCAAAAAUUAAAUAACUUGUCACAAUCUCAACAACAACAACAACAACAACAACCAAUAAUAGAAUCAUCAAAUGAAAAAUUAAUAAUCCUUUUAGUAGGAUUACCAGCAAGUGGUAAAUCAACAGUUUGUAAACAAUUUAAAACUUAUAUCAAUUCUAAAACCAAAUAUAAUUCACAAAUAUAUAAUGCAGGUGAUAUAAGAAGAAUAUCAAAUAAUUUUAAACAAACAAAUUCAAAUUUUUUUAAUCCUUCAAAUACUGAAGGGAUAGCAAAAAGAGAAGAAUAUGCAAUUAUGUGUUUAGAUAAUUUAAUUCAAGAUUUAAUUACUAAUAAAAUUAAUAUUGGAUUUUUUGAUGCAACAAAUACAACAAAAGAAAGAAGAAAUAAAUUAAUUAAUAAAAUAAACAAUAUACCGAAUUUUCAACCAAAAAUUAUAAUAUUUGAUAUAAAAUGUUUAAAUUUAAAUUUAUUAGAAUUUAAUAUUUUAAAUGGUAAAUUAAAUAAUCUUGAUUAUUUCUUAGAAGUUGAUAAAUCAAGAGCAUUAUAUGAUUUUAAAACUAGAAUAAAUCAUUAUUUAAAAGUUUAUCAACCUGUAACAAAAGAAGAAAUUUUUGAAUAUGAUAAUAAACUUGAUGGAUAUAUUAAUUUUUUAAAUGGUGGUGAAUCAUUUGAAAUUGAAAAAUUAUGUAAUGAAAAAUUAGAAGAAAGUGAAUGGUAUUUUAAUUUAAUUAAUGAAUUUAAAUGCAAUUAUAUGAAUGAAUUUGGUAAUGAAUAUAUUAAAAAUUUUGAAAAUUGGAAGAAAAAUUAUAAUGAUGUUAAAAAUGACAAUAAUAAUACAGAAACGAGACAAGCGAUAGAAUUAAAAUUAGAAUAA